AUGACAAUGAGGACUACCCUCACUACACUUCAUCUUGUCGUGGAAAACGGGGAUGAACCAAAUAUUCGUCUGAAGAGAAAUGGUAUGGUACACAUUUCUAUACCAUCAUUAGACAAUCAACACAGAUUGUCGAACAAGACACUCAACGUUGGUCAUCUCUGUAUUGUCUUGAAUAAACUGCGAGGUCAUUGGAAAAUCGAAGGAAAGUCAACAACUGAUGCUGUUGGGCAUUUGCCUGAAUUCAAUCUCCUCGUCAUGCAAGGAAAAGUUACUGUGAUCAAUAUUCGAACGUCGAUCGAACAAAUGAUAUUUAUUGCACCUAUGAUUACAGUUAAAGGAUCAACAGUUGGCAAACAAUUACAUUUCCGAUCUACCAGCGGAUCUUUGCGUAUAGAAAAUUCAAUUUACUGUGAAAAUUUGCAUUUAUCUGCUUCUGACAAAUCCAUUCGACUAAGCAACGAAGCAUCCAUCGAUUGCAAAUCAUUCACAGUGUCUGGAAAAGGACUUUUCAUUGACGGAAAAGUUUUUUCUACGUGGGAUAAUAAGCAGCUUAACUUGGAUCUCGUCAUUGAGAAACUGCAUGUGGGUAUAGACGGUAAUAUUGGCGCCAAAAAUCGUGAACAUAUGUCAGAUAUUUUAACUGGAAGCAUCAAAGGACAAGUGGCCAACUUCGGCACAAUAACUGCUAGAAAGAUAAUUAUAUUGCAGAUUGGUGGUACCAUUCUAUCGUUGGGAAACAACAGAGACGACUCCGCACAUCGCGGUUUUGAAGCGACAAAGCAAACACGACGCGUAGGCUUGAGCACCACUAAUCAGAUAGUGCACCCUAUGAGCAUUGCAUUAAAUGGUGCUAUCCGUGAGAAAAAUGUCGAUAGAGUAAUUAAUCUCCUUGAAAGGGGUGUAGAUCCGGAUGACAUCAUGUUUGACGACAGCACAAAAACAACGACAACACCGAGACAUACGUUGAUGCAAGCAUAUCGUGAAGCAUUGAGCGAUGCGACUAGAAUAAAGAAUCCAGAAGAUAUCGCCACAAUUCGUGCCUUAUUCGAAGCAAAAUGCUGGAGACGUGGUACUAUCAAAGCACCAGCGAUUGAGAUGACAAUCGAAGGAGAUGUAUUGGAUUGUGCGCAGUUUCACGCAGCAAAUUUGAAAUUGAUUAUUUGGGGAGAGAUAGAGUGUGAAGUAGAUGCAAUUUGGACUAGUGGUUUCGUCGACAUUACUACUCAAAAGAAUAUGAAACUUUUUGGUCAAACAAAAUUGAAUGGAGCAUUUCUGAAGAUUGCUGGUGAUCUAAUCACAGAUAAAAGCGCCAAAGUAGCUAUCGAGAAACAAGCGAUCAUUCGUGCAAGACAUUUUGAAUGCGCAGGCGAAUGGUAUGUCGAAGAAAAGAUGGAUAUCCGACUCAUGGGGUCUUGCAAUUUCGCCUUUGGGUCAGCUUUGUCGUCAAACCAUCUGUUUAUGUUUACAAAAGAAAACUGUAUCGUUUCGGGCCAUUGGGUAUUGGACAGCUUAGAGCUUUUUGUUACCGAACAAUUUCUUGCUACACCCACUGCAACGAUCAUUAUCAAAGAGAGUGGUACUCUCGUGAGUAAGAAUUAUCACAAUCAAGGACAGUUGACUGUCGGUCGCAAUAUACAAAUUACUACUGGAACCAUGGCACAAGCCGAAAACGCUACAAUUACCGUAAAGGAUGAAUUCAAACUGGUAGUGUUAACGGUAUCCGACAGAAAUUGGAGUCGACAAGUGAUCGCUAAUGCGGUGUUUAUUGCUACUGCAAAUCUCCUGCGAUGUAGUGGAAAAAUCAAUGCAAAUUUGACCGAAAUACGACUGAUGAAUCGCGACUUAUCACAGUUUGUUCUGAAUGGCGACAUGUCAGUGAAACUGGGUCCACUAUCGUUGUUUGGAGAGAGUGAUAAUCAAGUAGUUGUUACAAAAGAACAUUAUUUUCCUGGAUUCAUCUUGUCCAAUGGAAUUUUGAAUGCCAAAGCUAUCAUUGCGCCAGGAAUUGCCAUCGAGCUAGGGAAUAAUAGCCAAGUCACUCUCAUCGGUAUCAAUACUACUAGUAAUAAUGAUCAUGAAAUGACACUGAAAAUAAUGCUUUAUUGUGGAUGGUUGCAUACUCAUCCAGAAUCAGUUAUUAAUGCCACUAGUGACGAGGAUGACAUACCCCAACGAUUUAUUUGCGAACAUACAUGGAUUCAUGCAGGUACUCUACAACAAACAAGUACAUUGGUAAACUUUUCGGUCAACUACCUUAUCAAUACUGGCCGGUUAACUUUUCUUGGCUUUGAAAAUCAUUUAUUUAAAGCAGUUUUUCUUGUUGGAGAACGAUUGGUGAACAAAACCACAAUCUCAUCUGUCAUUCUUCAAGUCAUUGGCAUGGGUACAAUGGAAAACUGCGGUCAAAUUACAGUAAAAAACAGCAUCGCAGUCAAAACACACGAUUUCGUUAAUCAAUCUGGAUCGAUUGAUGCGCAGAAAAUCUCAAUAGAAUAUCUUACAAGCGAGGUGACUAAUUUGUCUGGAAAAGUUAACGCAUCCAUGAGUCUAUCUGUCAAUGCCACAAAAUCAGCUAGGUUCGACUUUCUCUGUACCAACAUCGACCAAGAAUACUUUUUGCUUCCACAAGAGCAAUUCUUAAUGAAAUGUCCGAAGCAACUUAGAAUUGCUGCUGCUAUUCAAUAUAGAAAAAUAUCAAUGAGAGCAAGAACCACUUUGUCCACCAGUCAACAAAUUGUCAUUGAUUCAGUAACUGGUUUUCCAAGCUGCAUCGUUAAUGUAUCUGAAAGUUCAAGAGUUAGUGAAAAAAGCGAACAAAUUCCAGCCCAUGGCACCCCACCACAAAUUUCAGUACUUGUGACUGAAAAAGGUAUUCUGUCUACAGAGUUACUCAACAUUCAAGGACAAUGUCAGCAGUUCGACUUUACGAUUAAUGGAACAACAAAAAUUGAUAACCUUCAAAUAGCUAAAACUAUUGAUGUUAUAUUAGUACAAGGAUGUGGUCCAGAUCAGACAGUAAAACAAAUUUUUUGUCAUGGAAAAUCUUUGGAACUUGGGAAUUUGUCAAAUUUAGGGACCUAUUUAAUUGACUGUACUUCAAUCACUGUAUUGAAGGGUAGUUCAGUUGAACUCGGAAGUGCAGAAGAAGAGAUCACCAAAGUAUCAGCCGUGGAAAAUAUUCACCUUCUGGGAGAUGUUCAAGUAAAAAACAGUCUAUUAUUUUCAUCGAAAACAGAUGUAAAACCGUCGGUGAAUAUAGAAGGAACAAUAAUGGGUACGGCAACGAAUUCUACACUUUUUCACAUUGAUGGCGCUACACUGACUGUCUCAGGAACAAUCCACAGAUUCGAAACAUGUGAAGCAAAAAUCAAGACGCGUUUGGACGUUUUAGAUAAUGGCAACUUUCAUAGCAUGCAAACUUUAUCUAUAGACGGCGAGUGGAUAAUCUGGAACGGAAAGGUUAGUCGAUGCAAAAAAGUGAUAAUCACCGCAUGGGGACUUCUGUGCUCUGGUGAAAUAAUUACGGAGAUUGACGAGCUGGAAAUGCAAUCGGGUUUAGUUUUCUCGAACAUAGGUCGAAUCAGUGGUACGCUAUCGACAUUUGGUGCUCCAUUCAUAUUCAAUGUUUCAUUAAACAACACGAAUGAAGCUGCGGCCAUGGGUACUAAUGCUACUAAAGGUAUUUUGGAUAUUAAAGCACUGGUAUGUUUGUGUUCUGCUAGUCAAAUGCACGCAGCUAGCAUACAAAACACAUCUGUGCUGCUAUUCAAGUUUGCAGCACUAACCGCUGCUGAAACGUUGACCAACGAUCAAUUGAAACAGUGGAAAAGUACCGUUGAUGAUCUCAGUAAAAACUUCUCAUCAGAAUCAGUAUCUUACGAGGAUAUUUGCCGAACGAUGCAACAGAUGUCUGGAUCUAGCUUAAAAACUGAAAUACAAAUGAGAGAUGUAGUCGAUUUAUAUGCUACGAUCAAAUCGAUAGUUAGUCAAAUGAAAAACAAUGGAAUAUCAACAUUUAGUGUUCCUGUUUUAGUUGAAGCGUUGAUGAAAGCGAACAAUCACUUUCAAAAUGUUUCAUCUAUCAAAGAACGUUUGUUACGGGUGCCACAACUGGCUAGAGAACUGUAUAACAAAGGAGUUCGAAAGCUGAAGUCAUUGCAUGAAACGUUCGGAUUCAGUGGAAUAAAACCAACUGAUCCAACAAAAAAAGGAAUUCAGGAGACUGGUAUGUGGUCCUAUCAGUCUGGUCUUAUGGCUGCUGGAGCUGGUUACACGGCAAUGUUUGUCGAAUCAUGGUACAAUGAUGGGGCAGUGUCAUCGUCAGCUGGAGAUAUUCAUAUCGGCAGCAAAAAAAUCACUUAUGAAAUACGUUAUUGUAUUUUGAAAAGAUCAUGCGAUGCGAGCAAAUCUCUAGCUGCAGCAAAUAUCGACGCAAAAAUCGCUAAACUUGUAUCUCUAAGUGGUAACAUCAAUGUUUCUGGUGCAACGGCAAACGAAAUAAUCGUUCAAGCCAACAAAGGCGCUGUGACUGCAGAAAAACUGACUGUCGAUCAUUUAGUUGCCUCAGCCAAGAACGAUCUGAAGUUGGGUGAAAUAAAAGCAGAAACGAUUAUAGCAAAGUCUGAAUGCGGUGCAUUUGAAGCCACCGGUAAAAUUGAAGCAGACAAGAUGGCUAUUUCUGCAGAAAAAGAUAUCAAGUUAUCCUACGAUAAUAGCAGCAAAGCCGACCAUAAAUUUGGUUCAUUGUCUUUAGACACGAAGCGAAUGCAAAAAAAAGAACUGUAUAGUAUGCUAGAAAGUAGUGGUGCUUUUGCCUCAAUGCAGAUUUCUGACAAAUUGGAUCUGGCUGUCACUGAUCAAGCAAUAGUUCUCGGUUCAGUCAAUCGAUCUUGUGAUCUCUCAGUAACAGGCACAUCGGUGAAAGUUUCGGGUGACGUGUCAGCCAAAAAUUUGAACCUAACUGCUCUGCGUGGAAAUGUAAGCGUCGAUAAAAAUGCACACCUCAGAGCUGAAAAAGAUCUUAACAUGAAAGCAAAAGAAAAUGUAGUCAUGGAGGCCGGAUCUAAAGCGACAGCUGGUCAGGAUGUUAACAUGACAGCAGAGGAAAAGUCGAUUCAGCUGACAAACGCCACUGUGACCGGGGGUCGAUUUGUGGGCAUGGAUGCAAAACAAGAUAUUAAGAUUCAUGCAGAAAAGGAACCUGGACAACGAGCAAAAGCAAGUAAAGUGACUGCUGGAUCAGGAAAGGAGUAUGGCGAAUACGGACGAAAACUGGGUAUUAAAAUGAACGCAGGUAGAGACCUGACAAUCAAGGCUUCGGAAGUAUCAAGCAAAGCUGACAAUGUUAUUCAAGCAGAAAACAAUGUCGAGAUUCUCGCUGAAACAACUGAAAAAUCAAAAACUACGAAGAAAAAAUCUGGAUUGUUUGGUUGGAAGACAACUACAACUACCGAAAGUUGGACAGAAGUUGAUGAAUCGACUGUUAAGGCCGGGGGGAAAAACAUCAUAACCGCUAAGAAAGGGUAUAUUUUGAGCGUAGCUUCAAAUCUAAAUGCUGUAGAAUCGAAUUAUUUACAUGCCAAAAAAGACAUCAAACUGCUGGAUAUUGUUCGAAGUCGUCGACAAACAACAGAAACAAACAAAUGGUGGGGAUUGUCCAGCUCAACUGACGUCUCAAAUGUGCAAGAGAGUUUCGCGAGUCAUUUGAUAAGCAAAGGUGAAGAUGCAACUAUUAUCGUAUCUGAUGAAGGCAACAUUCACUUGGAAGGAACUACCGCUGAUUGUUCAGCAGGUAAACUGGAACUUAUCGCUGAGCAAGGUGAGGUGUUAAUUAAAGAGCGAAUUUUAACGGACACUAAAUCACACACAGAGUCCGGUCUUACUAUUGGCAUUGGAACAAUUGGAUAUGAAACGAAAGAGUCGAAUUCACGCCAAGACCGACUACCCACUGAAAAAAAUAAUCAAAAUUCAUGCAGGAUCCCGCAGGACUUUGCGCAGGAUCCCGCGGGUUAUCGGUAUUAA